ACAAACUAAUAGCUGACCCCGAUAGUUGAAAACAACUUUGAUGAUGAUGAUGAUGAUGAUAUUUGUUAUUUUCACCAUUUUAAGAUGCAUGAUUGAUUUCAUAUACUUUGGGCACUAGAAUGUUUUACAACAUUAAUUACAUACAUUAUAAGUUGAUUGAAUUUGAAUUAGUGCCCGAAAGUUCAACUGGUGUUUAAAACCAUAGACAUGGUCUUAGACAUACAUGGGUCCCAGGCUUGAGUCACCCAGCUCGAGUCGGGCUAGUCGCAAUUUGAACCGGUGAUAUUGUGACAUUAAAAAGUAGGGUUUAGGGCAAAGCCGGGGAAAUCUGAGGUUUUUCUUCAGACUCACCAGCAUCCUAAUCAGGACCAACUCAAAAGAGUCCUGAGCUGUGUUAGUUGUUUUUUAAACACCGGGUUCAACAAAAAAUGUUUGGUUAAAAUAUAGAAAGCUGGAACAAAUUCGAAAUGAGAAGUUCAAGAAGUUUCAGGUUGUGGACAUGGCAAUGCAAGUGGAGCAAUUCAUUGAGCUCAAAAAUGAGUUCAGGACGAAAUUAGGGCACUCGAAGGCCCAACAAGCAUUCUUACAAGCUGUUUAUUACAUCAGCUUUGGAUUAAAUCAUUAUAAGGCACUUUUCAACCAUUAUGAACCCCAAAGGUCACAACCCAAAGAUGGAUUAGUGGAAAUUGUAAUCGGCAACUUAUCCUUACAUAUUCAAGCACUAGAUAGCCAUGGUGCAAGAAAGUUUUUACUUUCAGGGCUCAAGAACUUGGGCUGUAUGGCUGGCAUGAGGAUGCUUAAUAAUGGGGAGUGUUUGGAUGAAGCUAGUUAUCUUUGUUUAUCUCACAAUGUUGCUCUAGAGGAACUUCUAAUUGGUCUCGCCUCCAAAUUAGAUGGCUUCAGAUAUAUCUUCUUCGAUCAAUUCGAGUUUUUUAAGGCUAGGACUGAAAAGCCCCACAAUUAUGCAGGGGCUCUUGCUAAUGGGGAGAAGGUGUUGCUUCUGGUGUUUGGGGACUCUCUUGUGGAUUGUGGCACCAAAAAUUACUUAAAUACAUCAAAGGAGCACAGGGCUAAUUACUAUCCUUAUGGCCGGAACGUGUUCUCUGGAGAGGCGACUGGCCGGUUUUCCGAUGGCAAGGUUACUCCGGAUUUCAUAGCUGAAUUCGUGAAUCUUCCAAUGAUCCCGCCGUACUUGCAACCGGAUGCCGAUCUUUCGUAUGGAGCCAACUUUGCCUCUGGGGGAGCUGGAGUUCUCUCUGAGACAAACCGAGGAGAGGUCAUAGACAUGGGAAUGCAAAUUGAGCAACUUAUCCAACUCAGAAAAAGUUAGGGGAUUUAGAGGUUGAGAAUGCGUUUUCAAAAGCAGUUUAUCAUAUUAGUGUUGGACUCAACGAUUAUGAGGUGCAUGUCGACCAUUACGAUGCACAUGAGUUACAUGCCAAGGAUGAAAUUGUCCAAAUUGUAAUGGGAAAUUUAUCAAGACAAAUUCAAGGUGCACCCUUGAUAUGCGAGUAUUUCGCAAUGGCGAUUGCUUAGAAACUGCAACUCAGCGUAGCUCAUCUCACAACGUGGCUGUGGAGGAGCUCUCAAUCACCCUGCCCUCCAAAUUAGAGGACUUCAAAUAUAUCUUCUUUGACCAAUUCCAGUUUUUGAGGGUUAGGGCCGAGGAACCCCGAAAAUAUGGUAAAGGCACACACAUUUAUCUAAAAGAAAAGUAUACAAAGAGGUAAUUUACUUUUAAUAUAUAAAGGUCACAAUCACUCUUGCCAUUUAGAUUUCAAUCAGGUGGUUGUGAGUGUAUUAUUGAUUGAACUCAGAGUUAAAAUUUUUUUUUUUUGAACUUUGUAAUACAUUCUAAACCAUCCAAUUUAACAUCUAAUGGUUAGUA